AUGUUCCUAGCCACUGUUGGUGAGGUUGAGGACCUGUUUCAAACGGAGUAUUACAACUUCCAUGAAAAGGAAUCCGGCGGUCUUCGCAUGGCAUGCGAUGACUACAAACUUCCACAGCACGUUCGCGAACAUGUCGACUACAUCACGCCCACAAUACAGCUCGACGGCUUACGUCCCAUGGCUCAUGUACAAACAGCGACGAAGCCCAUGGCUAUUGCUGAUCAUAUCACUGCCCAUGGUGGUGCGGAUGAUCUGUCGACCUGUCACAUCUUUUUUACCGUCUAUUGCUUCCGCGCUCUGUACAACGUUCCCAUUGCCAGUCACAACAAUACCGGAAAUGAGCUUGGUAUUUUCGGGCUUGGUAACUAUCUCUAUCUUCCAGACUUCAAAGAAUACUUGAGAAACUGGACGUCCCCUCGGAUUCCCCUGGAUGUUGAGCCAGAAUCCGUCUACGUUUACGGUGGCAAACCUGGAGAUCUGUCUCUGGCAGAAGCUGACAAGACAGGUGAGACUGCUUUGGACGUUCAGGCCUCGACCUCCAUCAUCUACCCUCAAAAGGUACGAUUCUAUCAAAUUGGCCAGUCGAAGUGGAUUAACGGUUUCGAUUUAUUUCUGGACGCGUUGGAUCCUACAUACUGUACCCACCCGGGCGGCAACGAGCAGUACCUUGGCCCGGGAUUCCCCGAAAACGAUGAAGGAGAAGGCACAAAGAACGGACCAUGCGGAGGUGCACCAAUGAGCAACGUCAUCUCCAUCUCAUACAGCUAUUCGGAGAGCCAGCUCUCUCGUGUUUACCUUGAACGCCAAUGUCACGAGUACAUGAAGCUGGGGUUGCAAGGCGUCACCAUCGUUGCCGCAUCAGGAGAUGAUGGCGCUGGGUCUUCCGACGAGCAGUUCGCACCAUCAUUCCCUUGCACAUGCCCGCAUGUCCUUUGCGUCGGCGCCACAACAUUGCAAGAUGGUACCAUUGCCGGCGGCGAAAUGGCAGCCACGUUUUCCGGCGGUGGAUUAUCCAACGUCUUUCCCCGCCCAAGCUACCAGGACGACGCUGUCUCGGGCUGGCUUUCCAACUCAGCACCAGCAUACGGAGAAGGGCGCUAUAAUCGCUCAGGUCGCGCAUACCCAGAUGUCGCAGUCAUUGGCGUCAACUACCCAGUAGUGAUUCUCAAUACCACGAGACCUGUGAGUGGUGCGUCGGCUUCUGCACCCGGCUUUGCCAGCAUGAUCAAUAUGAUCAAUGAUGAGCGAUUGGCGGAUGGCAAAGAACCACUUGGCACUUUGAACUGGGACAUAUACGACAAUCCGGAGAUAUUCAAUGAUAUUGUUGUGAGAUAUAAUCCGGGAGGCGGUAUGGAUGGCUUCCCAGCGGGUCCGGGAUGGGAUAUGGCUUCGGGACUCGGGAGUCCGCAGUAUGAUAAGAUGCGGGAAUUGUUAUUGUCAGAUCUGUGA